AUGCCGUAUAAACCUUCGUUCUUGUUUCGUCUGGUUAGUGAUAUCGAUGAGUAUGAGCGGUUUGUACCGUUCUGUCAGAGAUCAAAAGUAACGAGCAGAGAUCUUACAACAGGUUUGCCAAAUAAAGCAGAUUUAACUAUUGGAUUUGGUAAAUUUUGCGAAACGUUUGAUAGUCGAGUGGUUUGUGAUCCAGUUGAGAGAACCGUCCUGGCAGAUGCUUCUCAUCACCAGUUGUUUCAGCAUUUGAAAACAAAUUGGAAAAUAGUGGAGGCUUCUAAAGGAAGAAUUCGAGUAGACUUGGAAGUGGAGUUUGAAUUUCAAAGCAAACUUCAUAGCGUCGUAAGCAAACUGGCAGGCUCCACGGUAGCUACCGAAAUUAUUCAAGGAUUCGUGGAUCAAGCGAAGCAAAAAUAUGAGCUUGAACACUCAAAGGAACCACUCAAAGACGAUCUUUCAAAUGUCCCAUGA